AUGGCCUGUUACUUGGAAUCUCCAGAGCGGGAGCCUAUGCUUGACUUAUUUUUGAAGUAUGGGGCCGAGAUCAAUGUCGAGAAUGGGUUGGGCGAAACUCUGAUAUUUGCAUUUAUCAAUGGUGAAUUUUAUGAUGCAGUUGAUUUGAUUCAUGAACUUUGCGAACGUGGUGCAUCUGCCAGUCGGCAGAAUAACGACGGCUUUACACCAUUACAUCUCUGUCAGCCAAGUGAGGAUAUGGUCAAAGUACUUCUUGACAAUGAUGCCGAUGUUCAUAUCCAGAACAUGUACGGGCAUACAAACAUCUUUGACUAUACGGGAGUUAGACCUUUAACAAAUCUUGUUGUUACUGGAAAUUAUGACGCCGUAAAAUUGUUGAUUGAUCAUGGAGCCGAGCCAGAUUACAAACUGGCAAAUGGGAAAACCAAUUUGCAUUCUGCCGCGAUUUACGGUCAUGCAACGAUCGUGAAGCUUCUCUUGAAGCAUGGGGUAGAUCUUGGUAUCAAGGAACAUAAUGGGUCAACGGCCUGGGACAUGGAAAAAGGAAAGGAGUGCCGAGAGAUUCUUGCUCGAUGGGCAAGAAGACACAAUCAAGAAAGCCAGUUGUCUGGUAGAAAAGAUCCUGAUGCGGUAGAUGAGAUCAGUGAUGGAUCGGGUUCUGAAAAUUGA